UGACCGCAGCUCCUGCCGUUUGCGCGUCUGCUCCAAUCUGCCAUGUGAUAGGGCGGAAGAGUUGCCUGUGAACGGCCCGAAGAGAGAAGGGAAAAAAAACAAAUUUCAUUCACAUAGACGCCGGUUAUUUAUAGGAGGAGGAGCCGACUAGCAGCAGACGCCUUUGCAAACAUUCCAGCAUCGCUUCGCUCCACCUCGAAUUAACGCAGGAUGUCAGCGUCGAGCCGCGCGUAAAAGCUCUCAGCGCUCGAAGGAGACGUUUUCCAGGCAAUCACCCCCUUUUCUGCAAGAAAAAAAAAGAAAAAAGACGCAGCCUGGGCUCCUGAUCCCCAGCACACCCGGACGUCGGAUCAGAUCGGACGCGCUUCCAUUGCUGCCGUUUAGGAUCCAUCUGUUGGUUUUAUCGUUUUUAUUGUCGUCUUUUGGAGGGAGGGAGCUGCCUCCAUCAGGUGCAGAGCAGAGGAAGAAAGAGAGAGAGAGAGAGAGAGAGAGAGAGCAUCAGAUCCGCCCUGCAGAGAUGGCAAAGGCAGACCAGCGUUUUGGCCAGCGGGACGGCUCCGACCAGAACUUUGACUACAUGUUCAAGCUCCUGAUCAUCGGCAACAGCAGUGUUGGGAAAACCUCUUUCCUGUUCCGCUACGCCGACGACUCCUUCAGCAACUCUUUCGUCAGCACCGUGGGCAUCGACUUCAAAGUGAAGACGGUGUAUCGCAACGACAAGAGGAUCAAACUGCAGAUCUGGGACACGGCAGGACAGGAGCGCUACCGCACCAUCACCACGGCCUACUACCGUGGUGCCAUGGGCUUUAUCCUCAUGUAUGACAUCACCAAUGAGGAGUCCUUCAACGCCGUUCAGGACUGGGCAACUCAGAUUAAGACGUACUCAUGGGACAACGCCCAGGUAAUCAUGGUAGGCAACAAGUGCGACAUGGACGAGGAGAGAAUCGUACCUCCGGAGAAAGGAAAACACCUCGCCGACCAGUUAGGCUUUGAGUAUUUCGAGGCGAGCGCCAAGGAGAAUAUCAACGUCCGGCAGGUCUUUGAGCGCCUGGUGGACAUCAUCUGUGUGAAGAUGUCGGAGCGGGUCGACGUGGAGGUGCCUGCGGCCUCCGGCGCCAAGACCACCAGACUGACCGACAAGCCUGCCCAGUUGCCUCAGAAGUGCUGCUGAUUGUCCCUCUGUCUCUCCGUUAGUCCUCCCGCUGUCGCCUCGUCCUCGCUCCCCCCGUAGCUCUUGAGAAAAAUGAAAAUGAAAAAAAAAAUUCUCUCUCCCUUCUCUCUGCUUAAGUCCAUGUUUGUGAGCAGUCAGUAAUAAUUAAGCAUAAUGCAAUUUAUAUAGCAAUUUCCAAUCCCUACCGCCUGUGCCCAAGUAUCUGAGGUUGGUCCUUUCAUACCUGGAGGACAAUAGUGGACUCUGAACAAGAUUUGGUUUGUUUGAACAGGUUGCAGAGUGGAGCUAGAAUGCAGGAGGUUAUGAGAAAAUUGUGUGGUGACACCAGAAAUGGGCAAAACAAAGGGCAUGUCCUGUGUUAGAGGAUGGUAACAUAGUGAGUAUUUGCAGCAAUUGUUGGUUGCCAGUUGGCACGGUUGUUAGCGUGGUGGCUAACGGGACAAUAUGUUUUUAAAUCAUAUUUUAGAGAGGUAUUCCUAUCGUUGUCUCACCAAACAAUGGAUCUAUUCUGGAACAGUAUAUAGUAUGAAAGAGGAUGGCUAGGCUAUAUUUAAAUGAUUAAGAUGAAACGCAUCUGUUUUUCACAUUUUUGGCGCAUUUGAGAUGGCUUGCUACCGAUGUAUGGUGAAAACUGAAUUUAUUAAAAAAAAGGUUUUAUGAAUUACCUUGACCUUUGGGGGCCAAUCCACUGAUUGCAUUGAUUCCAUUGAUAUAAACAGUUCUUCUUGAUGAAAUGCUGUUGUUACCAGGCAAACUAAAAGGUUCCCUCAACCCAUUGUCUGCUUUUCAAUGGUAAAAGCCCUUUUGAAAAUCAGGCAAAUUAGGUGCAUACCCAUAAAAGGACAGCAAGGCAGAUUUUGUUGAGAGUGCACUGCCGAGUGGAGAUGGCAGUAAGGUCCACAGGUAAUCACAUCACUGCCUCUCCUCUCAAGGUGUACACAAUGAGAAACUCACACCGCGGCGGCUCACGUUCAGUUGUUUGCUCGCAAGUCAUCUGCCGAAAACCAUCAGAUUAGGCUGCUUCUCAGAUAGCUUGUAAUAGUGAGUUCCCUCCAAUACAAUAUGCAUAUUGUCUAACUAACUGUUACUGGCCUUACCUAGUGCUGUUUGUCGCUUGAAAGACGCUUUAGGGCUACACCCACAAUGCACAACUCCCAGGCAGGGCUGCAGCCACAAUCAUUGGAGGAGCAGUUCGGGUCCAAAAAAUAGGUCCGACAUUGCGGUCUAAUGCUGCUCCUUGGUGUUUUUUCACAGCAUAAAGUUGGUGUUCUAACAGGCUUCAUUUAGAUUGUUAUUGAGUGUCAUUCUAAAGUAUGUAGUAAGAAAACCAUAUCAUUAUAUUGUUAUUAUUGAAAUUGGUUGGGUAUUGCAAACAGGGAAGGGUUACUAAAUGGGGUUAACGUGUGCCGACCCGCGUGCCAAGAGGUCAGCUGGGGCCAGAUAUGACUGUCCCCCAAAAAACUGAAUCCAACAUCUUCACAGAGACCCAAAAACAACUGCAAAGAGAUGCUAAAUGACCACACAAACAGGCAGAACAUCUGCAGUGACUUACAAUGAGCGCAGAGACACACAACAACCCCAAAGUGACUCCCAAUGACCAGCAUCCCCAUCUCCAGACUGCCAGAUACUCGACCCAAGACCGCCACUAAGAGCUGCAGCCCUGUUUUGUUGUGGCUUAGAACGUUUGUACCGGGCGGCACAAGCCAGCGUCGCACUGAGGGUGUUUUAUAGUCACGCACAAAUGUGAGCAGAGCUGAUGAGUGAAGAGCACAUGGUUCUCUCCUUCCCAUUUAGCAAGUGUAGUCAAUGUAACGGUCAUGUUUGCAGUGUUUCCUACAUGAGUGUGUGUAUGUACGCGUGUGUGAUUUUAGGGCCUAAAUUGUGUUGCAUAUGGUUAUCAUGAUAUUUAUUGCGUGUUGAGUUGUAAUGUUUGUGAUUGUGUACAGUAUCUUUGACGGAAUAUUUUGAUAAUGUCAUGUCAGCUGGGACACAGUGCAUAUGUGUUUACGAAAGACACGGUGAAAAAAAUGUGCAUUACAUAUUAAAUAUUGAAGAAAAAAAAAACAAUAUCCUGCCAAAUGAUGAUAUAGUUGCCACAGCACACGUUUCUGUGUGUAACUUCACAUGUGUCUUCAUAUUGAUUUAAAAAAAACAUACAAUAAUGUUGACAUUGUCUUCAUAUGAUUAUUUUUUAAGUGAAUAUGUAAAUGAUAGAUUUAGAAAUGAUGACGGUGUUAAGUAUGAAUUUAUUUUUUAUGCUGUGUAUACCAUGGACAAAAUAUAUAGCGAGUGUAAACUUGUUGUGUUACAGUUCACUCCUCUACGGGGGAGAAGCACAAAGUGAUUGUACAAUAUAUUGUGAAUGUUUGUAUAUUAUAGAUGCAAUUUAGUAUAUUAAAAAUCCCAAUCUUUAAAUCAUAA